UGCCGGAGCUUCCCAUUUUGGGAUCGCUCCGACUACGGGAAGCUUCACAGGUGCCAUCGCAAUGCAGAGUGCCGCGAGCGCCGCGGCCGCUGCAGUUCACCGUGCCUCGCAUGGACUUCGGUAGAGCUGCGGAUGUUGUUGGAGAAGAGGCCCUUGCUGCCGACAGAUGCCAAAGCUGCAGAUCUCUUUGCAGGAGUUAACUGAGGGGAUCCAGGCCCUGCGACUCUGCGAAACGGCCCACUUCGUGUCCACCAAGAUUGGCUUCCGGCUGUCGGGGCGAGAGACGCGGGAGCAAGGAUAUGAUGCAGUGGCACAUGAGGUACAUUGCAGGGCUCCUGGAAGCAAUUCUCCUUGAGAGGCCACAGAAUCCCUUCAGUUUCAUAGCAGACUUGGUCGCGUGCCAGGAGGUUGCCUCCACAAGCGUUGCUUUCGGUACGAUGUGGUCAGAAGUCUCGACAGGUUUUUCCGAGCCGGGCUUCGAUGGAAGAGCUCCUUACUGGACGGAAGAGGCUCGAGAUUGGCGAAGGCUCACUGGUGCAGGAUGGUGAAUGGAAGAAGGAAGACGAAGAGGAUGGCCUGAUGGAGCUUCACCUGAUGAGCCAUGUUGAACUCCAGGAGUUGACACCAGGAAGUCCAUGGAAGGCCGUCGCAGAGGAAGUCGCUGCGCAGAAAUGGAAACCAAGGCCCCUUGAACCACACUUUGGCAGAUGGGACAAGCCGACCGCGGCAGCCUGCACAGUUGAUGAAAGGAGACACUCAGGUGGUCUCGAGAUACUUCUCAGAAGUUCAUGCACCGCUCCUGGACAUCGUGCCUGCCGAGGAACGCCGUGCACCGAUCCAUGACAAGAAGAUUGACAUGAUGUUUUGUGGGCGACAAGCUGGGGCAGCCUUGCAAAAAGUCAGACAAGAGAUGAGAGCACUUUGACACAAAACAUAGCAGUGGCCACCGUGUAGAAACAGAGAGCUGUAAACAGCUCUAUCAUCCAAGACCGAGAAUCAUCAUGACUUGAUCUGCUGGUAUUGACGAAACAGAAAGCAUGCGAUUGGUCUUCGAGCUCUGUGCAUUGAGAUUGAAACAGAAUGAGAAAGGCAACAAAAAGAGAGUAC